UGAUGCGGUAAAGAUGGCGGCUGUUGGACAGUGCUCGGUUGCUGUGGAGAAAGAGCGGUGGCAGCCGCUGUCCCUCACGUACGUCGAAUAUCCCCCAGGUGACCUCACAGGAAAGGUUCUUGCAUAUUUAAGUCUUGUACCAGUAUUUAUCCUUUUUGGUUUCAUCACACUCAUCGUGUUCAAAAGAGAGCUGCACUCUAUUUCAUUUCUCUGCGGUUUGGUACUAAAUGAAAGCUUCAACUGGGUAAUUAAGAAUGUUAUCAAAGAACCCAGACCUUGCCAAGGUGGCCACAGUAACUUGUUUACAGAGUAUGGGAUGCCGUCCAGUCAUUCCCAGUUCAUAUGGUUCUUUUCCAUCUACUCACUCCUUUUCCUUUAUUUAAGAAUGCACCAAACAAACAAUGCUAGAUGUUUAGACCUGUUGUGGAGGCACGUUUUAUCCAUAUGCCUGCUGGCUGUGGCCUUCCUUGUCUCAUAUAGUAGAGUCUAUUUGAUGUAUCAUUCCUGGAGCCAAGUCAUAUACGGAGUUAUAGCAGGUGGAGUAAUGGGAGCAGUCUGGUUUAUCUUUACACAAGAGGUACUAACGCCACUAUUCCCCAGGAUAGCUUCAUGGCCAGUUUCGGAGUUUUUCCUGAUACGGGACACAAGUCUGAUUCCAAACAUCCUGUGGUUUGAGUACACGGUCACAAGGUCAGAAGCACGAAACAGACAACGGAAGCUGGGCACCAAGAUGCAGUGAUGUAAAGUUGACAACUUUUGCUGGGGGUGGGACAGGACUGUAGCGUGAACCCUGGAGGAGAUGAAAAGGAAACCAACAACACAUUUAAAAACACGUUUUUUUUUUUUAAAUUAAAUUUUUUUUUUUGCAGACGGUCAAAGGCAAGCUGGGGCAUAUGCCGGCAGCUUAGACACUCCCUGUGACAGCAGUCAGUGUUGACGCAGCUUGCUGUUAGCUUUCUACUGCAUGUUAGACUUGCGUGAACGUUGGACUGAACCCGUUUAAACAAAGCGCGUUCACAUGGUGCCGGUGAAAUGUGAUAUUAUUGCAUCUGAUUCAGGAACUUGGUUUUAAUUUUAGGAAGGGGUGAUAGGGAAGGAAAGGACUAACUUUCACAUGGUAGUGGUGUGAUAUUUUGCAAAAAAAAAAGUGGCAUUUUUGUGCUACUGGUUUAAAACAUACAAUUGGAUAGGAGGGCAAAGAUGCUGUCUGAAUUGUCAAUCAGGUAUCUGACAUGCUAGGGUCACGUCUGUAGCAGCCAGAGAAAACUAUAAGGGAUCAUGUUGCACUUUAGGAAAAUAAAUUAGUUCUUUUUAUAUACAAAGAAACACUAGUGAUGUGAGUGGAAAAACUGAUUUUUAUUUUUCUUGCCAGUUGAUUAUUUGUAACUACUAAGCUGGUUUAUAAACUAUCUGUAGCAAAACAUUUAUUAAGAUUCUGCCCCUGCCCCCACCAUCCCCAAAAGGAAAUAUUUAUUCCAUAUUCAGUGAAGUUGAGCCAAACAGAAAUGAGGAUUGUCAAAGCCUUUUGCCCCUUCUCUCUCUCCUAGCCUAUUGCCCUUUGAACCUUUGGCCUGGUCCUCUUUGAUUUGAUCUUUGUGCAAUGGCCACCUUUUUGACAAACCGAAAGCCAGAUGAUGAUGUGUAUUUAGGACAUGGUCACCUUAUCUGUGGCCUGGGUUGUUGCUCAGCAAGCUUAGGCCUUGUAGUAGGGAGGGAGUAUCAGAGACUUGGACCCUCUCAGAUUCCUAAGUGUAAGGGAGAGUUGGGUGACUUCACUUCUGCAUCUGCCCAGAGCAAAAACUGGUCUCAGCAUACACUGAUCUUGCUGAUGGUGUUGGAAACAGGAGAGUUUAUUCUGGGAUUGAGGUUGAGGGUUGGCUUUUAUUCUGAGGUCAGAGUUUAAUCCAUUGAGUUAUGACAAUGCCUUGUAUUAUACACAUGCUAGCUCAACAGCCAGUACUACUCACCCCCCAAAUGGGUGAAAAGUGUUGUUUUGCUAUUGCACUGAUGUUGGCUUUUUGAUAGGAAUGCAUGUGUGGCCAUCUCAAAAUAAAUCUACCCAGCAACACUCUUAAUACCCUCACGCAUAGUUACAUUCCGAACAUAACAAAAUGAAUCUCUUCUGAGUUGAACAGGAAGUAAGUGUUUAUGUGGGUUUAAUGAGUGUUUCUAUACUCCCGUUCAGCCCCUGAGCAACAGGAGCAUGGAUCACACUGACCAGAGCUGCCAGCAUGUGAUACAAAUAUUAAACCCACUAAAAUACCCUUGAAAUUUAAACUGGGAGUUUACCGCAAAGCACUAUGUUAAUCUUGAAGGUUUUGACUUAAUAGCCCAAACGGUAGCUAGAUAGGCUCUUAAAUUUUAUUGUGGGAUGCUUUUGUGUGAAUGCUUAACAUUCACCUGAAAUUUCUUCUGUUUUAGCAGAAGUGUUAAUCCAGUGUGUUUAAGUUGCAGAGAAGAGGACUUCAGGUGCUCCCAUUAUGCCUCUUAACCUAGAGGGGAUAUCAAAGCUUUGAUUUAGUUGUCAGUUUAGUGGAACGUUACUGCAGUAUACACACCAGGAGCAGGAUAUAAACCAGACCAAAUGACAGGGGAUAGUGUGGGGCAGCUGACCAUAUUCCUGGCCUCUCUGAAGGAAACCCACCAUACCCUAACACACUGUGCUGUGUUUCCCUGAGCCUAUUGGCCAUUAAGAUUAACCCCACUUGUGCGGCCCAAUGAGUUAAAGAGGAUUCAGGCUGUUUAGACAUGAGUUUUGACUCUGUGUUAUUGUGAGUGACUAUUCUCGGUGAACUGUGUAGUAACUGAAAUUACAGGUGAAUUACCUGAUAUCCAGAUUAUUAUGAGUGAAAGACUAACUUCUGAAUAUGUGCUUUUAAAAAAAAAUCCAAGACAGGUUAUUGUUGAUUGAUUUGCUUGUACUUGGAUACAAUCAAGAUUUUUAAAAUUUUUGACAUUCCAAAACACGAUUAUGAAACUAUUCCUGAUUUUUUUUUUGACGUGAGAUUUGCUUUCUUGUAACAUAUUUCUUGUUUUAAAUAAAUGUUUGGAAAUUAAGGUGCCUGAAAUUGUGCAAAACAGAAACCGAAUUGGGACAAGUUGGUUUUAUUUAUGUCUGGAUGAAGGAGCAUGGUCCUGAGUUUUAGAAAGCUGUUUAUUUUCUCCUUUUAAAUAUAUAGAGGUAGCAGUCAUCCUUUGCAUACAAGAUCUUCAUUUUGUGCAGCUGUUCGUCGGUUGCCAGUUAAGUUCAAACUCGUUGUGGACCUGAUGCUAAAUUUACCAAACCAGUGGGUUUUAGUCACUGAGAAAGAUUUAGUUUUAAAUCUCAAAACUGUAUGGGGGCUGGAGGGAUCAUUUUAGGGUUUUGUUUAGAAUUAGCAAAGCUGUUCAGUCCAGAGAGACAUCUUAUCCUAUCUAUGUGCAGUAUGGUGUUCCCAUUUUUCUUUAAUUUAUUUUUUACAUAUAUAUAUAUUGUACUUUUUAUUGGUGCUUCUCUGCUUGCUGAUAAGUAAGCAUAAGCACAUAGAUUUCACACUAAAACCCAAGAAACAAAUCUAAAGUUAAUAUCUAAUAGUUCUAUGUUACUUGGGGUGUGGAAAUGGUACUUGUGUAAAUAAAACCCCAAUGACUCUGAUUGCACAGGUGUGAUGUGACAAAUUGACUUUGAGCUGCAAUCAUUGAACCAAAAUGUUAUUCUGCAGCUGAAUGUGUGGAAGCAGUCUGAGCUGGCUGUAAAGGAUUGUAGCCAGAUGGAAUGCUGCUGAGCCAUGGGAUGUGGAAGAUCUUGGGUCCAGUGCUGAGCUGGCUGCUGUUAGAUGGGACAGUGAUUGAGUAACUACUGCACUCCUCAGACUAGGAGGGGACAGAGAAGAGGAAAUUCAUUGAGGCUGCAGUCCCUGGUCAACGUCCAGUGACCCCUGUUAGAACAUGUGUGUGUGUGAAUGUUGGGUGAGGACAGGGUUGGUUGUGAUGCCACCAUGGAUAAAUAGCCUGUCAGCAAAGAAUGACCAGUGGGGUAAAGAACCAGACUCCUGUAGAACUGUAUCCCAGUAAGGGGUCAGUGUGCUCAGGGAAGGAUCAUGGUAGGAUAUUGGAAUGGGGAAAUAAUACUAUAGUUGUGGGAACUGCCAGAUAAUGGCAGGGUGUUUUGGUGUAAUACAAAUUUUUAAUGUCACUUUUAGUUCUGGCAUUUUUUCACACUGUGACUACAGUAAGAGUCGAACUCUCCUGCAUUCUUUCACUAGCUCUCCCACUCUCUCUCCCUCUCUCACAUCCAGCAUAUCUUAAGUCAGCAUGACAAUAUGUUGUCAAUAUUGAUUGCACGUAACUCAGAAUCCUCUUUGAGUGUCCACAGAUUGGAGAAAAUGCACCUGUUCCCUUUAGCUUCACCCUCUUAAUUCAGAAAAGCACCUAUCAGGUUUGUGAUAAGGAAUAUAACCUGAUUUCUCUUUAUGUACAAUUAGUGUGUUGAAAGUUUAAGUAUUGACUGUUUCUGCAAUAUCUGCUUGUGUAUCUGGUGUUUCUGUUUUCAUUCAGUGAGCCUAUAGCAGUUGCUCUUGUGCAUUUAAAAAAUAAUAGCACAAGCACCACCAUGUCACUCUGCACCAAAAUAGUUAGUGCAGCCAAAAUACAGCAGUCUAGUUCAUUUUAAAUGCAUCCAGAAUUGUGUAGGUGUUGGAUAGAGUACAGGGUGAUGACCAGUACAUUACAAAUAUUAACCACUGGUGUCUGAUACUAUAUGGUGCUGAGUUAUUCACUGAUUUAAUUUCUAUAAAUCACUGGUCAUCUUUAUAGAAAGCUUGUUUAUAAAUUGGUUUCCCAAGCUCGCUCCAGUUGAUUGCAAAAAUAUAAUCAUGGAACAAAUGAAAAAGUGGAAUGAGAACAGAAAACACUCAUAAAUGCAACAUGUACGUCAGCAUCUGACCGAUGAGUAACAGGCUGAUCUUUCAGCUUAAUGCUCAAUCUGCUUUUUCCCCUUUUCAGAUUUCCAGCAGUUUCUGUAUGUGAAGCUUAUGUUGUGAGUAUUUCCAGGAGCGAGGUGAUACUGAACCUAUUGCUGCUUUUUUCUUUAACCCUAUAAAAGCUGCUGCUGGUUUGCCACAGGUUAGUGGCACAGUGCUGUUCCACCCUAUACAUCCUGGCUCAUAUCUCAUGGAAUCUCCCCGGUGUUUAUAGGUGUAGAAUCAGUAUUAAAACUGUGUUUUACCACAGCCCAAUCAAAGUGCAGCUUUUUUAUUUUCAUUUUAAAAAAAAACAAAUUGUACAGAAUGAAAUAGUUUAUUUUAAGCACAGGCAAAACUAUUUAAUGUUUGGGAGUUCAGCUCAGAGCAAAUAAUAUCCAGGACACUGUUAGAUAGGUUAUACGAAUUCUGAGUCAUGGAGUUGAACCCUGCCAGCUCACCGAGCAGUGCUUCAGGAGCACCUGUGGGGAGGUGGAAAGGGAGAGAAUAAUAGUGAGCGCCACCAGAUUUUUCUUUUAAAGAAUUCGUAAAAUCUAUCCUGGUCUGAUGUGACAGAUUCUUUUUUUUAAAGCUGUGAUCAUUCUGGUUGGCUACCUAACCAGCUCCUCGCACUACCUGAUGAGGAAUGUGUCUGCUAUCUGUAAAUGUUCCUUUGUUUAAAUUGAGGAAAAAAAACAAUGUAAAUCUAAAAGUAAUUGCUAUUCAGGUAACACAAUGAAGGGCUAUUUUGAACAGUGCUUCCUCUAGAUGUAGCACAGUUUUGUAGAUUGGCUUCUUGUAUUCUGUUAGUGUGGUGUUCACAAUGUGAUUGCCUUAUAUGGUGCACAGUACCUUUUUAAUGCUGUUUGUUGCUAUUUGUAAACUUUGAUCUCCGAUGUUGUGGGGUAUGGAGGUUGGAAAGGAGGCCACAGGUGAUGACUCUGGUUGUAUGUCUCUCUCUCUCAUGUCCAAGACUGUUAUGUGAAUGUUCCAUGCCGGAUGUAUGUCAAAGGUUUUGGGGCUGCGUGUGUACAGACCCAGGGCUAAAGCAGUCAAUUAGAAGCAAGAAAAUGUUUUUAUUUUAGAACCCACAGGGAAACUGAUCAACUGAAAUUCAGAGCAAUUUCUCAUUCUGAACUGUCUGGGUGCCUUUCACUAGAGCAGGGUGCUGGGCUCUUCACACUGACUUGUCUCGUUCCAGAAGGUGCUGCCAACACACUGGGGCCUUGUCCCAAACAGGCACUCCUUUAUGAAGCGUUGGUGGCUCACUGGAUCACACUCUGUCGGAAGGUUGUGGGUUGAAGUCCCACUCCAGCGACUUGAGCACAGAAUCUAGCUGACAGUACCAGUGCAAUACUGAAGGUCUUUCAAUGAAAUGUUAAACCGAGGCCUGAUUGUGUUCCGAAGUAAUUCAUUGGCUGGAAAGUACUUUGGGACAUCCUGAGGUCAUGGAAGAUACGGUAGAAAUGUGGAUUUUUAAAAUUCCUUUAAUGUGUUUGCCUUGAUGUCCAAUGUUAAAAGGUUAUUCAUCUAUGAAGGGCAGUUGAGUCCAAGAUGAGCCUCAGUGAUAUAUGCAUAUUGUCCGACAAUGGACACAAUACUGAGAUUAUCCUGGUCUGUGUCUGUGUGCGCUGAGUCACCAGUCUCCCCUCGCAUUCUAAUAAGCAGAUAAGUCCCAAUCAUUUCUAUGUGGCAACAUUGGUCACUAAUUUGUCCAACCUGUGUCUGUACCGCGUAACUUGAAGCCUCGGUGCCUGUUUUUCAAUUGCACACUUCAAACUUGAGAUCUCUGACAUUUCAAUGUGUAACUUCAAAACAUAUAGAUAGCAGUGGUUUAACCACCCAAAAUUAGCAUCCCAGUCAUAGCAAGCAAAUUUAAUUUCCGUCUCAACACUAUGUGUAGGAUAUUGGAGAGUCUCAUCUGCAUGCACAUAAGUGGAGCUGGUAUUUAUAUCUGUACACAAUUCUUAAACUAAACAGCACCCUGUACCAGCUUGUGCAAGAUCAGGUCGCUGGACUGGACAUGAUCUAAGACAUCUAGUUAAAUAGUUCAAGCCAAAAGCCCAUUGAUUAAUCUUUUAAAUCAAGAGGGAAGGUUCUCUACUAUCAGGUACUGGGCAGGACUGACAGUUGCAAUGGUUUGACAUGGAAACUGACUGUGUCUGUUUAAUCUACAUGAUCGCAUUGAAUUUUUCUGUAGUUUUAAAUUGCUGCAGAAUAUAUCACCCCAUUCUCAGUCCCUUUCUACUGAGGAGGUAGGUGAGUGCACCAUUCCAUUCCUCACCCUCUCCCUUAUGGGAGGCUGGUGUUUUGAUGAUCAAUUAAGUGCAUGGUUUUGGCCUAAAUUCAGCUAACCGUUGUGAAAAAAUAAUUUAUUUAGUGGAUGUGAGCUUUUACCCACCUGGUUUGUUGCAGUGUAUCUCUGGCUGAAGGAGUGGAACAGACUGAGUUGAUGCUGUAUCUGUGCAACAGCCAAAGGAACUCUAAUUUGUGCCAACAGUGCUCCAAUUAAGGGGAACUGGUGACAUUGUUAAUUAGCAUCAUAGAAUCUUACAGCAUGGAGUCCAUUUGGCCCAUCGUGCCUGUGCUGGAUCUUUGAAAGCUAUCCUAUUAAUAUACCCCCCUGCUGAUUUUCCCAUAGCCUUUAUUUUUUUCUGUUAUUAUUAAUCCUAUUCACUUUUGAAAUCUCUCCCAUCACCCUUUCAGGCAGUGCAUUCCAGGUAACAACUCUCUGCUUUUUAAAAAAAAAUCUCAUCUCCAUCAGAGACUCUUUUUCUAAAUACCAUAAAUCUGUGUCCUGCAGUUACUGACCUUCCUAUCGGUGGAAACCGUUUCUCCUUAUCUACUUUAUCAGAAUCCUUCAGAAUUUUAAACACCUCCAUUAUAAAUCUUCCCUUUUCUCUGUUCUAAAAACAAUCCCAACUUCUCUCUCCUUACAACUAAAGACCUUCAUCCCUGUUAUCAUUCUAGUAAAUCUCCAUUGCAUGAUCUUUUUUGAGACCUUUGGUUGAUUCUAGCUGAGCCUGUUAGUGUGUUUCUGCUCACUCUGUCUUAAGUGAAGGAGUACCAGCAAUUUAAACCCAUCCUAUCCCUAAUCAGUCACUCAAACCAAAAGGUUUGUUGGUUUGGAAAUGGAAGUGUCACAUCGAGCAAGUUUGAUCAAAGCACAUUGUUGGGAAGAGUUAAAAGGUCUUUGCUUUACUUCUUGACAAUGCUGUUAACUCAUCUGGAAGUGCUCGAAGGUACUGGAUGUCUAUAAAGUGAAAACUCUUCUCAAUUCUCUGUAAUAAGCCAUUCCUGGUAACAUCCCUCAUUACCAUCUCCCACCCCCCCAAAAAAAAAUUAACAACAGAUCAUGGCAUCUCUUCUGAACUAGAUUUUUCUUUUUAAAACUGAACCUUGGUAACUAAGGUGGGCCAGGUAUCCCAACUGAAUUUUAUUUAUUUAAUACAAAUAAAUCUGCUUGAAACUUUCUCACCAGGGGGAAAUGGGUCUACUGUACAAUCGCCAUGUGCCUCUGGGAUAAGAGCAAGCUGUUGUGUAGUUCGGAAUUUGGUGGUUUAUGUGUAAAGCUGGCUGAAUAAGUCUUUGUAAGGAAUUAACUUAAAGGAAAUGUGCAUCAAUCAAUGUUCUAAUUGUAUUUUACUGGAAAUAUAAUGCUUGCCUGUC